CACCGGCUGCGCAUGCGCGAUCACGCUUGCUUCUGAGGAGGACAGUGCACGAGCCCGUGAUUACGUCAGCGCGUCCGCUAGAAGCAGUGACGAGCAGACAGGGGUCCGGACAUGGCGUACGCAUAUCUCUUCAAAUACAUCAUCAUCGGUGAUACCGGUGUUGGCAAAUCUUGUCUACUAUUACAGUUCACAGACAAGAGGUUCCAGCCUGUUCAUGACCUGACGAUUGGUGUGGAAUUUGGUGCACGAAUGAUUACAAUUGACGGCAAGCAGAUAAAGCUUCAGAUUUGGGACACAGCAGGUCAGGAAUCCUUUCGUUCCAUCACACGUUCAUAUUACAGAGGAGCAGCUGGUGCAUUAUUAGUUUAUGAUAUCACAAGGAGAGACACAUUUAACCAUCUAACGACCUGGCUGGAAGAUGCGCGUCAACAUUCAAAUUCAAAUAUGGUGAUCAUGUUAAUUGCCAAUAAAAGUGAUUUGGAAUCAAGGAGAGAAGUAAAGAAAGAAGAGGGAGAAGCAUUUGCCAGGGAGCACGGCCUUGUUUUUAUGGAGACCUCAGCAAAGACCGCCUCAAAUGUCGAAGAGGCAUUUAUUAACACAGCAAAAGAAAUUUAUGAAAAAAUCCAGGAAGGAGUCUUCGACAUAAACAAUGAGGCAAACGGCAUUAAAAUCGGACCACAACAUUCAACGCCUGGAUCACCUGGGUCUCAUAUGGGAGGACAACAAGCUGGAGGGGGCUGCUGUUGAGCUUCAUCAUUCCAUGUGAAGAGUCUGAAGUGGCUGUUUCCUUGUCCAUAGGCUAUUGUACUUUUACCUUCUCUUCUCCUCCAGUUUCAGUGUUCACUUUAAAGAAGAUUUUUGAAAUUGUAUUCAUACUGUAUCAUUUGCUUUUGAUUUAUAGGUUUGAUUGUGGUUGUUAAAUGUUGUCUUGUUCCCCCCUAAGUAAAAAAAAAAAAAAAAAAGAAGAAAAAAAUGAAUUGACACUAAGACUUUUUCAUAGUAUUUUAAAUGGUUUGUGUAGGUAGGAUUCACGGAUCUGUGGUGACCUGUGCAAAGGGACAUGAAAUCAAACAAUAAAACCAUUGAUUAUACCUAUUUUCUGACUACCAAUAUAUGUAAACCUGAAGGAAAUUGAUGUGAUAUGGUUAACUGGGAGUAAACUCUGAUGAAAAUGU